GGCCCUGGGAGAUCCACGAGACCCACGGCUCCUCCUGACAGCCAAUCAGGCCCCAGCAUCCCCCUGCCCUGCACCCGGCUCCGCCCCCAGGGGCCUCUCCUUCCCUCCUCACCCCUCGCCCCAGCAUGAGGGAGGCAUCACUGUCCCCAUCUCACAGGACAGAAAGACGGGCUCAGGUCACUUGCCACGAGUCAGGCAGUUAGCAGUGGGGAGAGUCAGGAUUUUUGAAGUUUUAAAUGUUCAUUUAUUUUCAUCUACUUGGAAGGCGGAGCUACAGAGAGAGAGAGAGAGAGAGAGAGAGCGCUGUUGGCUCACUCCCCAAAUGCCUGCAACAGCCAGAGCCAGGAGCCCCACCGGGGUCUCCCACGUGGGUAGCAGGGGUCCAGGUGCAUUGGCAGGAAGCUGGAUCAGAAACGGAGGAGCCAGGACUCAAACCGGCACUCCCGGGGCCGGCGCUGUGGCACAGUAGGUUAAUCCUCCGCCUGCAGUGCCGGCAUCCCACAUGGGCGCUGUAUCGAGUCCCAGCUGCUCCUCUUCCGAUCCAGCUCUCUGCUGUGGCCUGGGAAGGCAGUAGAAGAUGGCCCAAGUCCCUGGGCCCCUGCACCCGCGUGGGAGAUGGGGAGGAAGCACCCAGCUCCUGGCUUUGGAUUGGCACAGCUCCGGCCAUGGCGGCCAUUUGGAGAGAGAACCAAUAGACGGAAGACCUUUCUCUCUGUCUCUCCCUCUCACUGUCUGUAACUCUAUCUCUCAAAUAAAUAAAUAAAAUCUUAAAAAAAAUUAAAACUGGCACUCCCAAGCGGCUGCACCACAGUGCACCCCCGGCCCAAGUCAGGAUUUGAACUCGGAUUCAUCCGCCCCCAAGUCUGUGCUGUUCACAGCUCUGCCCCUGGCCCAAGUCAGGAUUUGAACUCGGAUUCAUCCGCCCCCAAGUCUGUGCUGUUCACAGCUCUGCUGUGCUUCCUCAGUGGCCCCUGGGCAGCCCGUGGUUCUGCAGGGUCCACCUGCGUGAGCCGCAGCCCAGGCAGCCCCGGAGCUCCGGACGCUGCCACCCAGUGGCCUUGUAGCCCAAGGGACAGGACCCGGGACAGGUGCAGAUGGGUGCGGUGAAGCCCAGGGCUGUCCCACACAGAGCUCCUCACCGGUCUGACCGCAGGCGUCCGCGCGGGGCGCUGAGCUCCGGUCCCUCGUGUUGGCGGGGCUCACUCACCCUCACGGCGAGGAGCUGCUGCCACCUGGUGGGCGCGAGGGGACCUACACACGGGGCGGCCGGCAUUGAGAGGGAAGGGUUUCCCUGCACACCUGCCUUCCGGGUGAGGGAGUGGAGACAGGAGUCCCAGAGACAGGCCGCUGGACGGCCCACGGAGGGCGGGGCUGCCUGCCGAGAAGGCUCCAGGAAGCAGGGGAUGCAGAGGUGGGGACCAGACGAGCAGAAGGCGCGCACGCCUCGGUUUAUAACGCGUGCGAAGGCCUGGCACAGUGCCCAGGACUCGGGCAACUCUGACUACUUCCUGAGCAGCGGCGACAAGAUUCGAUUCUUCUUUGAGAAAUGCGUUUUUGACGAGAAAGGGAAGUUCCUGGUCCCUCCGGAGAAAUCGGUCAACAAAAUCGGCCAUGCCCUGCAUGCCCUUGACCCUGUCUUCAAGAGUGUCACACACUCCCCCAAGGUGCAGGCCUUGGCCAGAAGCCUGGGCCUGCAGAUGCCCGUGGUGGUGCAGAGUAUGUACAUCUUUAAGCAACCGCACUGUGGCGGUGAAGUCACCCCCCACCAGGACGCCUCCUUCCUGCACACGGAGCCCCUGGGCCGGCUGCUGGGUGUGUGGAUCGCACUGGAGGACGCCACGCUGGAGAACGGCUGCCUGUGGUUCAUCCCUGGCUCCCACACCAGCGGAGUGUCAAGGAGGAUGGUGCGGGCGCCUGCAGGCACCAGGUUCCUCGGGGCCGAGCCGGAGCGGGACCACAGCCUCUUCGUGCCCACACCAGUGCGCAGAGGGGCCCUAGUCCUGAUCCACGGAGAAGUGGUGCACAAGAGUGAGCAGAACCGGUCCGCGCGCUCGCGCCACGCCUACACGUUCCACCUCAUGGAGGCCUCCGGCACCACCUGGAGCCACGAGAACUGGCUCCAGCCAACAGCUGAGCUGCCUUUCCCCCCACUGUACACCUGAGGGCCCUCGGGGCUGGGGCCUGCCCGUCCAGGCCGAAGCUGUGGGCUGCGACGCCGGCGCCUCCUCUGACCUUGGCUCCCCUCCCAGCCGCCACGGGGAGCCCCAUCUUCCGUCCUGGACUUCCUUCUGCCGAUGUCUCUGCCCCUGAGCCCUGCGGAGAGGCAGGAGCGGGGGUGGGGGGUGGGGUGAUAGAGCAAGGCCAAGUCCAGCUUAGCGGGAGGCUUCCCCAAGAUCUUCGUUCCUCUGCCUCCCUGCCGGCACGUGGCCCCUUCCCCCUCUCCUCUCCCGUGGGCUGGAGCCCGGUCUGACAUGCACAAUAAAAACAGCUGAAGGCAG